CCAUUCUGAGAUCUAUCGCCGGAGGGGAAGAAGGAUGAAAUACACAGGUCUCUGUUGUAUGUGGAGACUAGAUCAGGAAGCUGAGGUGGGAUGCAGAGCAAACAACUGGGAAGGUUGGGAGUCAGGGAGGGAACGGGACAUGAAUUAGUCAAGAAAACCCCAAUGAGAGAAUACAGUCUGGCAAAGCAUGGGGGUUCAGGGUUGAGGCUAAUAGUAAAUUGAUGGGCACUAGAAGAAAUUUAGACAGAGAUGCUUAGGUUUCUUAAGGCACAGGAACUGAAGAUGUGCAAAGGAGAGGCUGUUGGCAGUACUUGUGAGCACAGUGAUAGCAGUGAGGUGACAGUUAAUGACCCGUGGGGUGGUCCCAGCCAUAACUGGCAUAAUAGAUAUUCAGUAAAUAUUUAUAAAGCCAGAAGGGACUAUUCCUCCACAGAUAAUAUGGAGGAAAGGGAUGAGAUACUAGAGUUCUGAAGAGCUGUUAGUAAUGCCUAGGUUCCCUUCUGGGAGAGGAUGGGGCUGGUGCCUAAGAGAUGCCGGAUCCCUUAGAAGUACAAAGCCCAAGAGAGGCUUGUACCACGGAGGGACGUGGUAGCAUAGACCAGAGUAGGAAACCUACUCCUUUAAUCCUGGAGAUCUAAGGGAUUCCCCGGAAGUCUACCAGAUUUCCCCACCACUGCACACUCCUGGACUGUUUCUCUCACCUGCACCUCCAUCUCUGCCCACUGGGGGGCGGGGCUCGAGGACAAGGCUGGUGGCUGCUCUGAUGCCUCGAGAGCCAUCAGUUCCUACCAGACUCGCUGCUCGGGUGUGGUCUUAGCUUAUGGCCGGAAACAGGCCCUCAGACUUCUCCCCACUGCCAGGCAGUGGUAGGGGCGGGCCCAGAGGGCCAAUGCCAGUGCGGGUUGGUGCUCCGAUCUGGUUGAGUGCCCAGGCCGUUCCCAGCAUGCUGAUGAUCCGACCAGGGAUCAGCCCAGGCCCUGAGGGGUGGGAGGUGCCCCUGGGUCCACGACCCUACGGAUUCUACAGUGGGAUGGCACCCCACAGGCCCAGGGUCGGAGCUGGUGAGGCUGGGCCCCGGUUCCGGAGCCCCUCGGAGGGCGCCUUCCGGAGACCCUACAUGGUCCUGCAAUGCACCCCAAGUUUGGUGCUGCCAGAGGACGUCUCGAAGGUAGAGAAAGAGAUGGAGCAGCUGGCCAAAGAGCUGAGGCAAAAGAGGAUGGCCCUGGGGUAUUCACAGGCCGACGUGGGGUUCGCCAUGGGGGCUCUUUUUGGAAGAGUGCUUAGCCAGACAACCAUCUGCCGCUUCGAGUCCCAGCAGCUCAGCCUCGCCAACAUGUGGAAGCUGCGGCCACUACUGAAAAUGUGGCUGGAGGAGGUGGACACCAAGAACUUUCUGGGCAUACGCAAAAUGGAGAUGAUCCUGCGGCAGGCUCGGAAGCAGAGACGGGCAAACAGGGAGAAUCGCAUCCGAAACAACCUGGAGCAACUCUUCUUGCAGUGCCCGAAGCCCACACCCCAGCAAAUCAGCUGCAUCGCUGACCAGCUCCGGCUGCAGAAGGAGCUGGUCCAAGUUUGGUUCCAUAACCGGAUCAAGAUGGAUCGUCAGCCAACCAUUGAUUUCUCCCCACCGGCGGAUGUGGGGGCAGCCGGGCCUCCUUUCCCAGGGGGACCAGUGUGCUUUCCCCUGGCAUCAGGGAUCCAUUUUGGUGCCCCGCACUACGAAGAGCCCUACUUUAUACCCAUGUAUUCCCCUACCCCUUUCCCUGUGUCAGGGACCUUCCUCUCUGCCCGAGUCAACGCUCAGGGCCACCCCAGGCUUUCAAACUGAGGGGCUGUGCCCUUCUGGGAAGGGUUGAACUGGGAAAAUGGGUCCCUGUGAUUCAUUUCAGGGCUGUUAACAUUAAGAGCUCCAUUCACCGUCUAAAUAAGUUAAGAAUACCUAAGGGAUGAGUUGGGAGUUGUUUAGGAAAUUCCGGGGAGGGAAGUUGAAGUUUAUUAAUUCCAUUGUUUUUACCUACCAUUGGUUUUAAGUCACAUUACAAUACAUAUAUGGUUUCAGAUAUUUUGUUUCUUUUUUUAAAUUCAUUAGAAAUUGUGUCUAUUAUUCCUUGUGGUUAUCAGUAAACAUAGGGAUUUUUUUUUCUUAUAAACACAAUAUUGAGUGAAACCUCAAGUCACAGAAGAUUAUUUCAGUACACCAUUUUUUAUCAAAACCCAGUAGAACUUUAUAUAAAUACAAACAUGGGUUCCAAGAUAAUAGUAACCUCUGUGGGAAAGUGUGAGGUUGGGAUAGGCAGGAGUACACAAAACCUACCCAGAGCCCUUGAUAAAAUGCAAGAGUUUUCUUGUUCUCCUCCCUUUCGUGAAAGAGGCGUUUGUUUGUUUGUUUCUAAUUCACCUUCUCAUUUAGAGUGCUCAAUUUUGUGUGGAGGUCUCAGUCCAGCUCUCCACCUUAAGGAAUCCCACUGGUGUAUCUCCCGACCUGCCACAGUCACUGUAUUUGGAAUCCCUUUGUUACUGAGGUUGAAAUGCUAGAGGGCGCUAGCUCAGCCCCCAGCUCCAGCUUGCUUCUCUGGUUUUCAGCUGUUUGUUUUAUUACCUGUUUGUUUUAUUUCCCUUAUUACUUUUGAACUCAGAUAUGCUUCUUAAAGAAUAUCUGCAGUGGUUAAGUCAACAUACCCUGGUGGCUGGUCUGGUGGUUCAUCCUCUGCCACUUUUCCAGUCUUUUCUAUGAAAUCGAUCUUUUCUAGUUUUCUACUUCUGCAGUGGUGAACUUUGGUUAUCAUAUACUAAAUAGAAAUAAUUAAUUCUUCUGUGUUUGUACCUCUGCUGCUGUAAACCUGCAUGUAAUAUUGGUUGCUUUAUAAUUCCAUCACUAAAUAUUAUGUCUGAGUUUAUGUCUUCUAUGU